GAGGCAGUCCUCCGAUCUUCAGUCAGUCGACAAUAAACAAAGUGAACAGAAUGCUGAAGUCCCUUGCCCUGAUCGCGGUGCUGGUGGCCCUGGCCAGUGCCGAGCUGCAUCGCGUGCCGAUCCUCAAGGAGGAGAACUUCGUCAAGACCCGCCAGAAUGUGCUGGCCGAGAAGGCCUACCUGCGCACCAAGUACCAGCUGCCCAGUCUCCGCGGAGUGAAUGAGGAACAGCUGGCCAACUCGCUGAACAUGGCCUACUACGGCGCCAUCUCCAUCGGCACUCCGGCCCAGAGCUUCAAGGUGCUGUUCGACUCGGGAUCCUCCAACCUGUGGGUGCCCUCCAACACCUGCACGAGCGACGCCUGCCAGACCCACAACCAGUACGACUCCAGUGCCAGCUCCACCUACGUUGCCAACGGCGAGAGCUUCUCCAUCCAGUACGGAACUGGCAGCCUCACCGGCUACCUCUCCGAGGACACCGUCGACGUUAACGGCCUGAAAAUCCAGAGCCAAACCUUUGCCGAGUCCACCAGCGAGCCGGGCACCAACUUCAACAAUGCCAACUUUGACGGUAUUCUGGGUAUGGCCUACGAGGCCCUCGCCGUCGACGGUGUGGCUCCUCCCUUCUACAACAUGGUGUCCCAGGGCCUAGUCGACAGCUCUGUGUUCUCCUUCUACCUGGCCCGCGACGGUACCUCUAGCCAGGGUGGCGAGCUCAUCUUCGGCGGAUCCGACUCCUCCUUGUACUCUGGCGACCUGACCUACGUGCCCAUCUCCGAGCAGGGCUACUGGCAGUUCACCAUGGACGGAUCGUCGUUUGACGGAUACACUCUCUGCGAGGACUGCCAGGCCAUCGCCGACACUGGCACCUCCCUCAUCGUGGCUCCCUACGAGGCCUAUAUCACCCUGUCCGAGCUGUUGAAUGUCGACGAUGGCUACGUAGACUGCUCCAUCGUGAGCUCCCUGCCCGAUGUGAUCUUCAACAUUGGUGGCUCGAACUUCGCCCUGAAGCCCUCAGCCUACAUCCUUCAGUCGGACGGCAACUGCAUGUCCGCCUUCGAGUACAUGGGCACUGACUUCUGGAUACUGGGAGAUGUCUUCAUCGGCCAGUACUACACCGAGUUCGAUUUGGGCAACAACCGCAUUGGCUUCGCCCCCGUCGCCUAAUUUUACGAUCUGUGAUCAGCGAUCAAUAAAGUUACGAGUACCUUGACUACAUCCAUGAA